AUGCAUCCAGUUAUAAUCAAAUCUAGAGAUGGUCUUGACCUUAUUAGUUAUCUUAGUCUUCCAAGUGGGAGUCAGAAAGAUGAUGAGUUAACAACAAAAUCUCCACUUCCUAUGGUACUUUAUGUACAUGGUGGUCCAACGGCUAGAGACGAUUGGGGCUUUAACUCUGUUCAUCAAUGGCUAACAAAUAGAGGGUAUGCUCUACUGAGCGUGAACUAUCGUGGAUCAACUGGAUUUGGGAAGAGCUUUAUGAAUGCAGGAAAUGCUCAAUGGGCUGGAAAAAUGCAUGAUGAUUUAAUAGAUGCAGUAGAUUGGGCUGUGCAAAAUAAAAUAGCUGAUAAAGAGAAAGUUGCUAUCAUGGGUGGAAGUUGUCGAGGAUAUGCAGCGCUGGUUGGGCUGACUUUUACUCCAGAUGUGUUUGCAUGUGCAGUAGAUAUAGUAGGUCCUUCUAGUUUAGAGACUCUAUUAAAUAUAAUUCCUCCUUACUGGAUGCCUGCGCUUAUGGCGCUGCAGAUUAAGAUCGGAGCGGAUCAUACUACAGAAGAAGGCAAGGAGUUUUUAGCAUCUAGAUCUCCAAUCACAUAUGUGGAAAGGAUUAAAAAGCCACUUCUUAUAGGUCAAGGAGCAAAUGAUUCUAGAGUGAAGCAAUCUGAAUCUGACCAAAUUGUUGAGGUGAUGAAGCAAAAGAAUAUUCCUGUCACAUAUGUUCUCUAUCCAGAUGAAGACCAUGGAUUCGCACGACCAGAGAACCGUUUGUCAUUUUAUGCUAUCACUGAAAGGUUCUUGUCUCAUUACUUAGGUGAGAAAUUCGAGGAUGGUGGCUGUGAUUUAAAAAAUUCUUCCAUUGAAAUUAAACACGGCGAAGAGUUUUUGCCUAAAAUUGAUAAUCAGUGUGACGAGCAAAGAAAUAAGAGCUCAUUAUAA